AUGCCCAUAACCAGGUUAUAUUAUCACAGUCUUGCUUGUGCACGUCGAAUCUGGCCAAGAAGUCCUUUGACAGUCGAGCUGAAUCAACCGACUGGAUUUCACUGUGAAGGACCUCGCUGCAGAUCAAAACCUAUCCACUCGUCCCGUUACUAUAAUCCCAAACAUCAACCCAACAAGCCAUUGAUUGGUCUAUUGUGCCCACUUGAAAGAAACAACAAAGGAGCAUUUCGAACGUACAGCCGCUUAGAGUACCUUCAAGAUAUCUGUACCCUGAAUUACAAGGCUACUUUGCAAGAAAGCGGAACAGAGUCCAGUCGUUCCGUUCAGCAUAAUAGGCUCAAGCGAACCAACACCCCCACAUCAAAUAUGCCACAGGUCAAGCGCUCACGUUUACCUUGCUCAGGUAUCAUUGAUGUCAGUGCACAUAUCGGACCAGGCAAGGCUGGCAAUAGACAAUGCACCUGGGCUGCUUGUCCUGAUUGUUGUCGCAAACAGCGUGAAUCCACUGGAUUGAAGUGUCACACCCAUGAAAUGGGGGAGCGGUCCAAGAUUGUAGUGCACAACACCCAACCCUUUCUUCAAAGUGUCAUUGAAUCAGCCGGAACCAGUGGUGUGACUCAAACUUCGAUCACUAAUGCAAACCCACCUGCAAAGGUUGGUGGAUCUGAUUUACUCGGUCCGACCCCACCGGUACACCCUCUGGUAUUGUCACCUUUGACCAUGCGCGCGUACCAUCUCAAUCGAUCAAACAAAGAAGAAUAUAGGCGUGCUGCUGAGGCUGCUGAGGCAAGUUACGAUAAAAAUAUUUCAAUAUCACUCUGGUUAAAGGCUGAAAGCGACCCAGUUCAAUUUUUAUUUGCAUCAAAAGCAUUGAAAAAUUACGCGAUAUCAGAAUGUGAACCUUUGAUGCUAUAUGUAAAAGCUGAAGUCCCAGAUUGGAACCAGUGCCUUCGAGUAUACGAUGUUAAAGCUGAUCGAUGGGUAAGAUACAUAUUGUAA